CUCGCGAUAAUGAACAAGAAGAGCGCGAGAAGUCGGAUAGGACCACCUUGCUGCUGCUGAAACCUCCUAGCUGGAGUCAGAAACGCCGUCUCAUUGUGGGCGGCCUUAAAAUAGAAGACAGAAGAUGUCAGUGGUGGGAUUUGACUUGGGCUUUCAAAGCUGCUAUGUAGCUGUAGCCCGUGCUGGAGGGAUUGAGACCGUCGCUAAUGAGUACAGCGAUAGGUGUACACCGUCAUUUGUAUCAUUUGGACCAAGAAAUCGAUCUAUUGGAGCUGCAGCAAAAAACCAGGUGGUGACCAACUAUAAAAACACAGUCCAGGGCUUCAAGCGCUUCCAUGGCAGAGCAUUCUCAGACCCUUAUGUUCAGUCUACCAAGUCCAAGUUGGCGUACGACCUGGCACCAAUACCCUCUGGAUCCACCGGCAUAAAAGUGAUGUACAUGGAGGAAGAGAAGGUAUUCAGCGUGGAGCAGGUUACUGGCAUGCUGUUAAGCAAACUGAAGGAAACUGCUGAAAGUGCACUGAAAAAACCCGUUGUUGACUGUGUCAUCUCAGUUCCAAGCUAUUUCACUGAUUCAGAGAGGAGAUCUUUGAUGGAUGCAGCCCAGAUUGCAGGCCUUAACUGUCUACGAUUGAUGAAUGAGACCACUGCAGUAAGUCUGGCGUAUGGAAUCUACAAGCAGGACCUCCCAGCACCAGAAGAGAAGCCCAGGAUAGUGGUGUUUGUGGACCUGGGCCACUCUGGGUACCAAGUGUCUGUUUGUGCCUUUAACAAGGGAAAGCUUAAGGUCCUGGCGACAGCUUUUGACUCAGACCUCGGCGGGAAGGACUUUGACGACAUCCUGGUAAACCACUUCUGUGAAGAGUUUGCCAAGAAGUACAAACUUGAUGUUAGGUCCAAGCCUCGAGCGUUGGUGCGGCUCUACCAGGAGUGUGAGAAGCUGAAGAAGCUGAUGAGUGCCAACUCCUCUGAUCUGCCCCUCAACAUCGAGUGUUUCAUGAACGAUAUUGAUGUUUCUGGUAAACUGAACAGAGGUCAGUUUGAAGAGAUGUGUGCCGAGCUGCUGGCCAAAGUCGAGGGCCCCCUUCGCAGCGUCAUGGAACAAGCCAAGCUGAAAAAGGAAGAUAUAUACGCAGUGGAGAUUGUGGGCGGAGCCUCCAGGAUUCCUGCCGUUAAAGAGCGAAUCAGUAAAUUCUUUGGCAAAGAGCUGAGCACCACUUUGAAUGCAGACGAGGCCGUCGCUAGAGGCUGUGCUCUGCAGUGUGCGAUCUUGUCACCAGCGUUCAAAGUGAGGGAGUUCUCCAUCACAGACAUCGUCCCCUACUCCAUUUCCCUCAAAUGGAAUUCGGCUGCAGAGGAGGGACUCAGUGAUUGUGAGGUUUUCUCCAAAAACCACGCAGCUCCCUUCUCAAAAGUGCUGACUUUCUACCGGAAAGAGCCGUUCACCCUCGAAGCUUACUACGAUAAUCCCAAAGAGUUACCUUACCCCAACGCCACCAUAGGUCAGUUCCUGGUUCAGAAUGUGGUUCCUCAGGCGUCAGGAGAAAGUGCCAAAGUUAAGGUCAAAGUGCGCGUCAAUGUUCAUGGUGUGUUCAGCGUGUCGAGCGCGUCCCUGGUGGAGGUUGUGAAGCUAGCUGAAGGGGAGGAGCCGAUGGAAACGGACCAAAACCUGAUCGUGAAGGAAGAGGAGAACAAAAUGCAGGUGGACCAGGAAGAUCAAAAACUUGCUGCUGGAGAGAAUGAAGACAAGAAAACAGAGGCUGAAGAAAUGGAGACCUCGACGGAGGAUGCGAAGGAGGAAAAGAAGCACGACCAACCUCCUCAGGCAAAGAAGGCCAAAGUGAAGACGAAGACGGUGGAUCUGCCCAUCGAGAGCAAACUGCAGGGGCAGCUGUCCAGCGAUGAGCUCAAUACGUUUGUGGAGAAUGAGGGGAAGAUGAUCAUGCAGGACAAGCUGGAAAAGGAGCGAAACGACGCAAAGAACAAUGUGGAAGAGUACGUGUACGACAUGAGGGACAAGCUGCACGGAGUCCUGGAGAAGUUUGUGAAUGAAGCGGAUCGGGAUGCGUUCUCGUUGAAACUGGAAGACACUGAGACCUGGCUGUAUGAAGAUGGAGAAGACCAGCAGAAACAAGUUUAUAUCGACAAACUGGCUGAGCUGAAGAACAUCGGUCAGCCCAUUUACGAGCGACACGUGGAAGCUGAGGAGAGGCCAAAAGCGUUCGAGGAGCUUGGCAGACAGAUCCAGAAGUACAUGAAGAUUGUAGAAGCUUACAAGGCAAAGAAUGAGCAGUACGAUCACCUGGACGAGCUGGAGGUGACUCGGGUCGACAAGCAGGUCACUGAUACCAUUGCCUGGAUGAGCGUUAAGAUAAACCAGCAGAACAGUCAGGACCUCACCUCAGACCCGGUGGUCAAAGUUGGAGAGAUCCAGGCUAAGACUAAGGAGCUUUAUUCAUCCUGUAAUCCAGUAGUGUCCAAGCCCAAACCCAAAGUGGAGCUUCCUAAGGAGGAGAAGACUGAGAACGGGCCGGUCAACGGGCAGGAGGUACCAGAAAACCAACCAUGCAACGCAGACAAAGCUGAUUCUUCGGGCACGGAGCAGGGGACGACGGACAGCAAGCUCCCUGAAAUGGACAUCGACUGAGCGUAGAGUUUCUCUUUAGUAACGACAGCUGCCUCUGUUAUCAGUGCUAUGUAUCAGGCCACCUCUGCGGCGUGUCUUUUCCAGUCUUUGUGGAAUAAAAUAAUGCUUCUUAAUAAUAUGGAAUGGACUACUUUAAAACUUGAAAACGAGGGCUAGAGACUGCUUUCUGUGCUGCUGGGAUGGCUGUCGAGUUCAAGCGUUGAAGAACUGAGCAAAAUGGCGCUUUAUGAGAUGGUAGAUGAAAACUAAACUAUUGUGUUUCUAAAGACAUAGGUGCAGCAGCGGUGGGGGGCUGUUUCAGUUGUAAACGUAUUUUUGUUUCACCACACACACACACACACACACUUGUAAUUGUUGGAUCUGUUUUAAAGAGAAAGUGAAUGUUAUGUUCCUCUAAUGUUCUACUGUAUGUGAAGACUAAACGCAUUUUACUGUUGUGCAUUAUUUCAUUGUUCUGCUUCUCUCAUUUCAAAAGCAAUGCUUUGUUCUAUGGUAGAUUUGGGUUGUUCUUUAUUUUCUACUCAACAUUGCAACUCCUGGUUCAACAAGUCACCUUUUUGGGUGCUGCUGUUACCGUGUCAUGGACAAAAGUAAAAAUAAAUCUUGAGGGAA